AUGGGAUUCAGACAGUCUAUCCCUGACAACUCUCUAUUUACCAAAGGUGAAGGGCACUCAUUUGUGGCUUUGCUAGUUUAUGUGGAUGAUAUAGUUGUUGCUAAUGCAGAUUUGGGGAUCAUACAAGACAGAAUAAAGGGAAAGCUAUCUGUCAAAGGAGGUAUGCCCUUGAAUUGCUUAAAGACACAGGGUUCACAGACUGCAAGCCUGUACAUAGUCCCACAGUACCAUCACACAAGCUCAGCAAACUUGGUGCAACUCUCUCAAUUCCUUGACUGCCCCACUAAUCUUCAUAUGCAAGCUGCUCAUAGGGUACUCAGUUACAUCAAGGGUGCGUCUGGCCAACAGUUGUUCUUUCCAUCCCUAUCUGAUUUGAAGAUAAAAGCCUUCUUUGUUCCAGAUUGGGGAGCCUAUGUUGAUACAAGAAGGUCUUUAACUGGUUUCUGCAUUUUCAUAGGGAAUGCGUGCCUUAGUAUCAUGGAAAUCAAAGAAGCAAGUGACUUGUCUCGUAGUCCUCAUCAGAAGCUAAAUACAGAGCAUUGCAAAUUAGCUAUUGCCAUUGCAGAGAAUCUAGUGUUUCAUGAGCGAAUUAAACAUAUUGAACUCGAUUGCUAUUUGGUGAGGGAAAAGCUUAGUAAACGU